CACUCUCCCACCCACCUUUUACAAUAUUAUCAUUUUACUUUUGAACAAAAGAUCUGUUAUAUCCAACCAACAAAGUAAGAUCGCUAAAACCCAUAUUCUUUGUCGAGCAUCAGUUCGUCUCCAUCGUCAGGGAACGAAUCUGAGUAGUUUCAGAGAAGGGAAUCGAUGGGGGCACUGAUGUCGAAGAUGUGGUUCAUGUUGUUCCCGGCGAAGGAGUACAAGAUCGUGGUGGUGGGCCUGGACAACGCCGGCAAAACGACUACGCUUUACAAGCUCCAUUUGGGGGAGGUGGUUACGACCCAUCCCACCGUUGGCAGCAACGUUGAGGAGGUUGUCUACAAGAAUAUUCGGUUUGAGGUUUGGGAUCUUGGUGGGCAGGACAGGCUAAGGACGUCAUGGGCAACUUAUUAUCGUGGGACACAUGCUGUGAUAGUGGUAAUCGACAGCACUGAUAGAUCUAGGAUCUCGAUAAUGAAAGAUGAACUAUUUAAGCUACUUCCAAAUGAGGAUCUACAAACUGCAGUAGUACUCGUUUUUGCAAACAAACAGGAUCUCAAGGACGCUAUGACACCUGCUGAAAUAACUGAUGCACUAUCUCUCCAUAGCAUCAAGAACCAUGAUUGGCACAUCCAAGCUUGCUGUGCCCUCACUGGCGAAGGCCUUUAUGAUGGUUUGGGCUGGAUUGCUCAGAGAGUUGCAGGAAAAGCAACAAGCUAGAAAUGGUAAAAAUACAAAGCAGAAAUUAAUCUUAACGUUUCUAGUUUGAUGAAUGCUGACAAUAUCAUGUAUCAUCUAAUCCCCCAAAAUCAUGCAACUGAAUACACUUAUCUAGUUCUAAUGUUGUUUCUGAUGAAGGAAGGAGUGGUCGGCAGAUUACGUUGCUGAGUUUGCUGAUAACUGAUCACACUUCAGCAUAUCUAUAAACGAUAUAGGAGUGAAUGUUUCAAUAGAGUAGCUGAAUUUAGUGAUCUUUGUUAGUGCAAGUGCUCAUCCACAGAAGCACUAUAACUCAUGCUGUUUACUUCAGUUAAUCACUUGUAUUUAAGAAUUCCACUUGAAAGCUUCUGUUGUUCAUGGUCUGACACUGCAUUGACAUC